AGGGACCGUUUCAGGGUCCUUUCUUCUGCGAGCCCGCGGGGUAAUCCGUCCGGGUGGUAGCAAACAGGAAGCCAGAACGGAGGCGGGAGGAGCGAGAAGAAGAGGGGUUUGGAUCUGAGCAGUUAUCCCUCUGUUUCGCCAUCACGGGGCCGCUGCCUACUCUCCGAUCCGUUAUCAUGUUCAUCUCGACACGCACUAUGAUCGAAAACUGAAACUGUUGAUGAAUUUCCUCUUCCAUCAACCCCGCCGCCACCAUGGGCUGUUUGUUAACCUGCCUGCCUGCCGGGAAACCGAACUCCUCGCCUCACCUCACUCAAGUCUCUCCCCUCCCCCAACGUCUGCAGGGAGGUAAAAAAAAGUAUGAUCAGGCAACGGAUGUACCGCAACUACCGCAACGGCGCCAGAUCGCCGAAGUCGGACACGCCCACAUUCACAAAUCACAUGCCGUGCAUGUCGUGCAUGGCAUACCAUACCACCCCAUGGGCGGCAUACCCCAUCGCGGCAUGGAGGGUGGGCGGGGCAGGUUUGGUUCGCGGCCUUGUGGCACGCAAACUUCUUUGUCACAUACACAAACGCACAUACAGUCAGGCAGACAGAUCCAUGCAAAGAGGAAAAACGGAGUCACGGAAGGGGAUGCCUCCGCUGUUUCCUUUCUCAGUCAGCUCUCAGAAGGCAUAGUUUCAAAGAGAGUAUGUACUAUGUGUAAGUGGUUUCCAUGGAGAAGUCGAUGAAUGUUAUGACUGGGAGCGGACGGGGGUAGAAGGUAUCCCGUGUCUGGUACAAUACAAGUCCAUACCUACCAUACCUACAGACAUCAUAGACGGAUUGGAGUUGUACGGCGGGGCGU